ACGCUCUUGCGGGAGUACGUUACGCAACAGAGCGAAGAUGGCGGAGGUAGAUUUUGGUGACAGUGAGCUCUUUGAACAAUUGGGAGAGAAUAUUCCUGCUGCUACUCACGUUCGGUUCACGGAGGAAGAGGAGGAUGGAGAAGAAUGCUCUGAGCUCAAGGGAAGAUUGGGGGAGUGUGAGGAGACAGUACGGAGUUUGAUAGAAGAGAACCAAGAGUUGAAGAGAAAAUUGAAAGUGUUGACAAGGCCAAGUGGCAUUAAUGUUGAAAACAUCAAGAUUGAUGGUCCUCUUCUACAGAUCCUUUUCGCAAACAAUAACAUCUCAAAGCAAUGCCGUCAAGAAAUCGAAGACUCCAUCUGUAGUAUUGUUCAGAAACAUCAGCAGCAGGGAGAAGCUGAAAAUGGAAAUCCCUCCAGCAAUGUCAACCCUCAGUCUUCAAGUUUCAUUAUGGAAGAAGAUCAGAAGACCAAGACCUCCUGUGGAAUCAGAAAGAUUAAGGAGGCCUUCAGUAUGGUGGGAAGUGUCCUGUAUUUCACCAGUUUCUGUCUGGACAAACUUGGACAGCCCCUGCUAAAUGAUAACCCCCAGCAGACAGAAGGAUGGGAGGUUCCAAAAUAUAAGCAGGUCUUCAGCCAGGUCAUCGCCUUAGAUGGACAAGAAGUACAGAUGAAAGAGAAAAGAGCUAAGCCUUGUUGUUUCAACUGUGGGUUGGAUGGUCAUCAACUUCGAGACUGUCCUCAGCCAAAGGACAUGGCCAGAAUCAACGAGAAACGGAAGGAGUUUUCUCAGGGUAACCAGGGCAACCUGAGCAAUCAGCGUUACCAUGCUGAGGAAGUGGAGGAGCGAUUUGCCAAAUACAAACCUGGAAUCAUAAGUGAGGAGCUGCUGUCUGCGCUGGGAGUUGAUAUGAACACCCUACCCCCUCACAUCUACCGGAUGAGGCAGCUAGGCUACCCACCUGGCUGGCUUAAGGAGGCAGAGAUGGAGAACUCCGGUCUCACGCUAUACGAUGGGAAGGUGUCAAGUGAUGAAGAACCAACAGAGGACAAUGGACAAAAAAUCUCCUAUGAUGUUUCCAAGCUUGUAGAUUUCCCAGGCUUCAAUAUAUCUUCACCUCCUAGUGUGAAGGAUGACUACAGGCUAAACCGCUCCAUUCCAAUGCAGCAUAACCACAUGAAGCAGAAUUUUGCUGCCUAUCUGUCCAACAAUUUUCCAAUGCCUGGUGCCAACUGCAAUAAGAGACAACAUGAAUCCAACUCAACUCCCCGGCAGUCGAAGAAAAUGAGAUCUGAUGCCAGGAGUUCAGAUAUGGACGUUGAUUCAGACCAGGAUACUACACCCCACCGACACCGGAGCUCAGACAGCUUCCAGUUCCAGCCCCCGCUGCCCCCUGGCUCACCAUCCUUUGGUUCACCCCCUCCCUUACCUCAUGGUACUCCGCCAGCCACUCCCACUCCCCCCCCUCUUCCUAAGGGAACACCUCCACCCACGCCCACUAAUGGCUCACGGGCCCUGCAGGGACGCACUGUGGGAGGGGGUGAGGAGUCUGUAGGUGGGGAGGAGGAAGAGCUGACACUGGAAGAGCUGGAGGAGCAGCAGAGGCUGAUCUGGGCAGCAUUGGAAAAUGCUGACACCGCCACCAACAGUGACUCUGAGACACCAGCUGUUGGAACACCCCUCCCCAGCUCGCCCAGCAUCUCCACACCCGCCCACAUCGACACUGAAAUGGAGGAAGGUGAGGCUGAAGAUUAUGAGGAAAAGGAGGGAUCUGUGGAGGCUGCCAGCCACAACAGUGAUGAGCAGAUCAGUGUUGAGCCAUCUUCUAGUAAAUGUCAGGAUGGUAAGGAAGAUGCUGAAGAUAAAGGCAAGGUGGUCGAAGACAAGAGAAGCUUACUGCAAUCACCAGACGAAGAAGAGAGCCCUCCGAGCCCUGAAGCUGCUACAGAUAGAGGCAAUGUGCUUGCACAGAAGCCCAGCUUGCUGCAAAUACCAGCCCAACAAGAGAGCUGUCAGUCGGAUCCCUCAGAUCAGGAUGCUAUGGAGGGAGAUCUGUCUGACUCUGUGGGGAAGGUAACGGCCGUGCCUCACCGGAGUAGGUUUUCACAGGGCAUUAUUCCCUUUGAGGACACGCCAGAAUUCACAGAGGUUGCUGAGGCCACCGGGACAUACCUACGAAUCCGAGACUUGCUGAAAGGUUCCCCCCGAAAUAUGGCAAAAAACAAAAAGUGAGAAAAGACUAGCUUGAAUUAAAAUCCAGGGAUUCUUUUGCAUAAACACUUCUUUUUUUUUAACAAGUCUGUGGAUUUCAUACACUUUACUUUCUAUAAGUGUGCCACAGAUUGGAGCGGAACAGUUUGGUGACCUCUCAUUCAAACUUAUUUUUAAUGGUUUAUUUUUUGUACUAAACUGAAUGUAUUUUCUGUGUAUGAGUUAGCUGGGGUCUAAAGACGCAAGGUUUUUCUUUCAGGAAACCCCAUUGCUAGUUUCGGCAGUGUCUGUUUUGACAUUCUGAGAAUCUUUUUUGUAACAAUGGCAACAUCCAUAUUGCUCUUUUAGGUGUAAAGAUUUUAUAAAAUGUUUUUCCUCUU